CUCGAACAAACUUCUUCUCAUAGGGUAUGUGGUUAGACGAAUUUUGAGGGGAAAAAGCAAGGUCAAGACUUGCAACAACGAGCAACGAUAAUCGGAAAUCCUCUGGAACGUGAUGGCGCCAAUCCGAGUUGGCAUUGUCGGUCUGUCGAGCAAGGCUGGAGCAUGGGCAACAACGUCACAUUUGCCACGGCUAGUAUCAUCGCCAAAUUACCAGAUCGUGGCAUUGUGUAAUUCAUCGUUAGAAUCGACUCGAGCUGCGAUCAAGGCCCACGGUCUGCCGGAGUCGACGAGGGCGUAUGACUCGUACGAUAAGUUGGCAGCAGACCCGGACGUCGACCUGUAUGUGGUGUCGACGCGAGCGGAUACACACUAUGAGGUGGCGAUGCCGGCUUUGAAGGCAGGUCGCAACGUCUACGUCGAGUGGCCAUUGGGUGCUACCACCGAGGAGGCAAGGGAGAUGGCGGACUUGGCUCGUCAGAAGAAUCUCAAGACUAUUGUCGGUCUACAGGGCCGUGUCGCUCCAAGUGUGCUCAAGGUCAAGGAACUCAUCGACUCAGGCCGUCUGGGGGACAUUCAUAGCGUUAAUUUCCAGGGUGCAAUCAACGUCUGGCAGAACAACGCCGCAGGAAAUCGGUAUCACUAUUUCAUGGACCGUAAGGUAGGCGGCAAUCUGUUGACCAUCUACGGUGGACAUAUACUGGACUCGAUCCUGCUCGCUGUGGGCGAGUUGAAGCCAGGGUCGUACACACCGCUGGCAGCAAACCUGAGACGGAAGAUGCACCGAACCAAGGAGGACGGAUCUUUGACGGAGGAGCUCUACGACAAGAACACUCCAGAUCAGAUUCUCCUUCAGGGGAAGCUGGAUCGAAACCCUCCUGCAGUGAUCAGCUUCCACCUGAGGGCUGGUGAUCGCUUCAUCAACACAUCCGGGUCCAUCUGGCGCAUUUAUGGUACCAAAGGAGAAUUGGCGGUUGAGUUUGCGAGUGCUGGGCCGCAGAUUGCCGCCGCCACGAGUAUUCGAUUUUCCAAUUCAGAAACCAACCAAGUGGAAGAUAUCACCAUCGACGAGGGUGGGAAGGAGUGGACGGGUCUACCAACGCCAGCUCAGAAUAUUGGCAGGCUGUAUGAGGCCUAUGCGACGGGGAAGCCGUAUGCUGACUUUGACCUGGCUCUCAAGCGACACGAAUUGUUGGAUGAAUUUUGGGCGACGUUGGAAUAAUAUUCAGAAGGCUCUAGCUAGGGAAACUGGGAGGCGGGGUUGACCAAACUCAGGGACGGGACGGGACAGGACUGGCCUGGAUAGGUAGAGUCAGAGGACAAAUAAAAAGGAGGAAAAGGCUUGGUAGUGGUGUGAUGUUGAUUAUGUCCGUGGUACUAGGGGAGGUAUAGCAUACGUUGGAUGAUUGCGGGAGUCCUGAGUAGUGACUAGAGUCAGCUGGAGCCGAGCACAAGUAGAACAAGAAGGUUAAUAGUGAAAG